ACCCUCUCGUCCAUCGCCCUCAUAACAUUUGUAAAGGACAUGUAAGAGGUCCAUGCAUGAGCCUGUUCUCUAAAGGUUACCUCAAGAGUUUAUAGACCGUUUGUCGAGCCCCAGCUUGUACAUGCCAGUUAGUCAGAAUGUUUAUUAAGAGCAAAACCGUGAGAAGUUUGUUGAGGUUUGUCCCCGGGAAACGUCGCUUCGGGUCGUACAGGUUCCUACCUAUCUUUUUCUGCAUUGGAGGAGUCAUGGAGUGGAUCAUGAUCAACGUGAGGAUAGGAAAAGAGACUUUUUAUGAUGUCUACCGAAGAAAACGAUCAGAACGAGAGUACCAGCAGAAGAUAACAGACGGUUUGGUAGUCCUUCAAGAUCCCGCAGCCAAGUGAAAAAUGCUCGGCUUCAAUGUGGACUGCACAUGUGUCAUCUAGGGACAUGUUGUUGGACUGCCAUCAUCCCUCACUGGGUUACAACAACUGUGUCACAACUUUACGAACAUUAUUGAGGAGUCAGAAGUGAAAAGCUGAUGGAGAAAUCACAUCCAGCAUGCAGGUUUUAUUGUUUAUAUGGUCUUCGGUUAGAAAAACAAUAGCAAAACUGCAAUGAUAAUACAACUGUCAUGAGAAAUGAUCACAACAAAGGUCUCAUCUCGUCAUGAUACCAAUGUGUCACUAAUGCUUUGACAGCCAGUUUGUGUUGAUGUAUAACCUUAAAAACAUUGCAUAGUACCUGCUAAGACAAAUCUGUGAAAUUGUUCCGCACAGAUAAAAGCAGGUUUGUGUUUAGGGACGCUUUGGAAAAAUGUUGCACAGAUGUGUUAAAUACAGGCAGAUAUUGCUGUUAAAAUACAAAAAAAAACAACAACAAACAAACACAAUUUCCUCCUAUUGCAGAAAUCUUUGUUAUACAAUUACAUGAUUUCUAUUUAAUUAUGAAAAACAAAGUAUUUAAUUGAUUUAUUGAGUAUAUAAAAAUGUCACUUAA